AUGGGAAGUGCAUCUAAUGGAAAAAUGUUAUUUAAGAAAAUGUGCGCGACGUGUCAUACUGUUAAUAAAGAUGGCCCACACAAAAUGGGUCCAAAUCUGUAUGGAAUUGUAGGAAGAACCUGCGGCUCUGCUUCUGGAUUCAUGUACACUGAAUCGAUGAAGACGAAAGGUGUGAAAUGGGACGAGAAUACCCUAAGCGAGUAUUUGGAAUUUCCCAGACAGUUCAUUCCUGGGACAAGAAUGGUGUUUACCGGUAUCAAAAAGGAGCAAGAUCGUAAAGACAUAAUUGCUUAUUUAGUGACGUUGAAAUGA